UCAUAAAUGCUUAAAUCAAUAGUAAUUAACUACCUUAAACAUUCAAACAAAUUCGGUAGCUAUGAUGACGAUUAUGCAAAAGUGGCGCAUUAUUUAUCAGUGAAAUAAUAGUGUGUAUGCGUUUGUGGGAAAAGUACUUCGCUCCUGUAAAAAUGGCGGGUGUGUUAUCUUGGGUUGUUUUCGUUUCGUUAAGAGAAAGUCAUAGAUUGAUUACCAAACGUUCGUCGUAAAACUUGAAUUGUGACUAACUUAGCCUCGUCUUAUCAUUACGUACUCCGAGGCGGCAUGUGCUGCGUGCUGUUUUGACAUUUGAAGUGAUUGAUUUAUAACGGAGUGCAAGUGUCAUCGCUUUUGAUGAAAUUAUCAGUAUGUCGCGCUGGGGCAGAGGCCGAAGCGGCAGUGUGGCCGUACCGCUGGACAGUGCCCUCUUUAGAGAGAACAGUAAUUGCCCUUCAGCGGCACGCUCCGCAGGAACCGUUGGCAAGUGGGGCAUCACCAGUUUUACAUCGAUCAGAAGCGCGCCCUACGCAUUUUCAAGUAAUGUCAAGAAGCCUGUACAAGAUCAAAACAGUCCACUGACAGUACCAGCAGUUGAGACUGAGCAACCUCCACCAAAACCUAAAAAGUUUUUUAAAUCUCGCAAUGCUGAGCUUUAUCCUCCAGUUCCACAAAUUACAUAUGCCCCUCCAGUACCUGCUGCACCAUUAUCUCCAGAACAUCCUUCUAAUAGCAAAGAAAAGAAAACUACAAAAAGAAGUAGAGCUUAUACUAGAGAUUCAUCAUCACCUGAGUUACCACGUAAAAGUUUUGAGAAAACUAAAAAUAAGAAAAAUUCAGUGGCCACAAAGGCCUCCAGAAAGGAAGAGACACCAGCUGAAAAUACUCAACCUCCAAAUAAACGUUACCUUGUUCGCAAUCGUGAUAAAGUAAUUAACUAUGCAGAGGAUGGGAGUAACAGCCCAAUACCGGACUUCAGCCGAUAUGAACCUUCACCACUUCAAUCUAAAGUGUCAUCACCUAAAGUGAGUCCUUUAGUGCCAAGCCCUACACCAGGCCCUGCUAAAGUAGAUGUUGCAAGUCCUUCCACAAGUAAAGAAGCUAGUGAAGAGCGUAAACCGCCUCCAAUUGUGCUUAGGAUAUCAAAGGGAACAUCUAGAAUUGUCAGUACUGAUUCAAAUGAAGGGUUCACAUCACCUAGUUCUGAUAGACAUUCAUCCAUGGACACACAUUCAGAUAUUGGGUCUGACCAUAAAAAGAGUCCUGCAAUGGAAACAAUAUGUUCACCAAAACAUGAAGGACUGAAAAUUACAAUUAAAUGCGCAGGGCUCAAUCAAGAUGAAAAGAAACGAGAGAAAAAGAAAGACAAAAAAGAACAUAAGUCCCACAAGAAACAUCAUAAAAAUUCUGAUGAUGAGCCAUUAAAGAAACCCAGCUCACCUCAACCUGGAUCAGAUGCUUAUGAUCUUUAUAAGACUCUAGCAUCUCCAGCACGUGAGGAAUCCAAAAACAAGCAGCAAACUGAAGAUGAAAUAGAAUCACAACUAGCCAAGUUGGACUCUACACAUGCAUCUCCAAGAUUAGAAGUGCAACCACAAGAACCUCUACCAGAGCCAAAGCCUCCUGAAAACACCACUGGAAGGUCAAGACGAAAUAGGCCAAACAUUAACUACAGUGAAAACGAUGAUUAUCUAGAUGCCAUCACAAACAAAACAGUCCAAAGUAAGCAUGGAACGAAAACAGUGAGUGAUAUUAAGAAAGAAGGCAAAAGAGGAAGGAAAAAGCAUGAAGCAGCUAUAGCUGAAGCUGCUGCUGCAGAAGUGCAACAGGAAGCUGAGAAACAAAUAGAAUCUCAAGUUGAAAAGGGUGACUUGAUUGACAUACUUUCUGGUUCAGACACGGGGAUACCACAGGAAAGUCACAAAAAGCCCCAUAAGAAGCAGAAACACAAAAAUGUGCAGAGUAAACAUCCUAGUCCGGAUUAUAAUACUCCAGCUUUGCAAGAACCACAAGUUUCUGAAGAUAAUGAAACCGAGGAACAGCCUGAAGAACAUGAUCAGGAUGAUUCUCAAGAAGAAAUUCAAUCGGACAGAGUUUUGCGAGAUGUAAACGUUGAAGACACACCGAAUCUUGCACAACUGAACACCCAGUCAUCAGAUUCUGCUUACAACAGUUGUCCUAAUGAAUACUCAGAAGAAGAACUGCAUAAGCAAAAUGAAGAUGUGUUUAAAUCUCCACAUGAUGUAGGUGAUGACAAUCACAGUGAUGACAAACCAAGUGUCAAGUUAGUAAUUACUAAGAAAAAGGGCUCUAUCUUCAAAAGUAAGUCAUUGGUAAAUGAUAACCCGUCACCACUGCCUGCUAGAAAACGACGACAUCUUUACAGACAUGAAUGGAAUGAUAAAGGCAAUGAAACACCAAGGCCAGAACAGCCAGAACAAAUAGAGGUCAGUAACCCAGUCAGUCAAGUGCCAGAGGAAUUAACAAGAGUCACAAAAUACCGCACUCCUGAUUUAGUGGUUGAUGGUCCCGAGACCACAGAAAGCAUUAAGCCAUAUACAAGUGUCAAGUGUGCUAAGGAGGCUAAAGAGUUCUACACAGUAGUGAGGAAUGUUAAGAAAGCCCACCAAAUUCAAGAAAUUGGAGAAUUCCAGGAGUUUAAUGAUGAUGUUGAAUAUCUUUUAGAUAAUUUACAGGAUAACAACCCAAUUUCCACCCGUUGCCUGUCAGCCAUCACGCUGGCGAGCAAGUGCACGGCGCCGGCGUUCCGCAUGCAUCUGCGGGCCCACGGAACCGUACAAAAGUUCUUCAGCGCGUUGCACGAUGCUACUAACGAUCAGAGUCUGGGCCUGUGUACAGCGACGGUGAUGUUCGUGCUGUCGCAGGAUCGCCUCAACAUGGAUCUCGACCGCGAGUCGCUCGAGCUCAUGUUGAACUUACUAGAGUCUGACGUGUCACAUAAAAACGCCCUCGACGAUUGCGGGUUGACAUCAGCGCAGCUGGCCAAGACGCAGGAGCGGGUGCGGGAAUUGUGUGCCGAAAUCAAGAGUCAAGGGAAAGCUACGCAUUUGGACUUAGAUAAUAUCACUGUGGGGCAUUUAGCCAUGGAGACCCUCCUAUCGCUGACGUCAAAACGAGCCGGGGAGUGGUUCAAAGAAGAACUACGUGUAUUAGGUGGAGUGGACCAUAUUGUGCGCACCAUUCAAGAUUGUGAAAGCAAGCUGGAGUCUCCCGCAAACUCGUGGACUGACGCGCAAAUCGAUAUACUGAGGAAAGCAGACAGGUGUAUGCGCGUGUUGGAAAAUGUGACGCAACAAAAUGAAGACAACCAAAUGUACUUACUGAACGGACCUCUCGGCGCGGCGCGCACGCUGGCAGCACUGCUGCGACGUUGCGCCAGCGAGGCGCGAAACGACCAUCCGGUCCCACUGCGUACUGCAUUACUGGACGCCGCACUGCCGGCCAUCAAAGUCCUCGUCAACUUAUCGCACUCCUUUGGGAACACUGGUUCGCUCGGCGCGCAGGUUGUGGGCGAGCAACCAUCCGUCAUGGAAAUUUGCCUCAUCAUCCUCAACAACCAGGGCAACUUAAUUCCUGACAAUAGGAAUUUUGAAUUCUGUGUUUGCGUACUGAUGCUGUUAAUUAAUCUGGUGCAAAACAACGACGUGAAUACACAACGACUGCUCAGCUUGCGUAUUCGCGUUGACAACGAGGACGACAUUAUUUCACGCAGUCUGCCCGCAUUGGACCUUAUUGUAGAUUUGUUCUAUAAGCGAGAAGACCUUGCCAGGCGAGCUGAAGAGAAUACGGAUGCGCUUUUAGAUGGUGCGAAGGAUAAGGACAAGAAGAAACCAUCGCAAGACGAUAUUGAUGAAACUGUUGCUAAGUUGCUAGCCCGAGCGGGCACGCAUAUGGAGCACACCAUGGUGGGCGCAUACAUGGCGUUGCUACUGGGCCACAUGGCAGUGGUGUCCCCGGCGCACGCCAAAGCCGUCCGCGUGCUGCUACCCUCGUACGCGCCGCUGCUGCCCACCCUCAAGAAGUACUUCACCUUCCUCUCGCUUACUGCCAGUGCCGAAGCAGCAAUAGUAGCUCACGUCAAACAAACGCAGCGGAUAAUCGAUUUUAUGGCGUCGAGCGACAAAGAAGACGAGGAAGGCCCGUCGCAGCCCCCACCGGAGCCCGCUGCUGCCGCCGCCGCCCCUUACACUGCCUAUCCCUCCCACUAUUACAACACCUCCCCUUCCGACGUCCCUCAGGACAUGUCCCUUAGCAACCUUAACUAUAGCAUGAAUUACAGUCAUAGCACCUCUAGUUCGGAAAGAAUGUCCUCCUCAAUGGAAGUCGAUGGAUAUCACUGAAACUGGACUAAAGGUAUCUAUUUCCUUAUCUUCCCGCAAGUCUGUAUGAAUUCAAGACCUUUGACGUUUAGUUCGUGAGCCGGCAAUAGAGAAACUUACCUCGUGGUGUUUUACAGGUUUUGUUAAUUUUACAGCGACAGUCCAAUAUCAGAAAAUAUUUUUUCCGCAUAAUGCGAGAAGAACCAAAGUAUCUUAAUCGCAAGUCAUAAACAAAUUAGUAUCAAGAGGCGAACCUUGAAUUGGUCAUAUUGCGUUUUUUUUUUUGAUAUCAUUGUAAAGCAAAAUUAUUUUACUGGUUCUGUAAAUGAAGGAAUGGAUGAGUUCAACUAAUUUAGCAAAUUUUAAUAAAUUAAAAAUUACUUAUCAUUACUACAGACUUGUUGAUGCCUCGCAAUCAAAGCAAAGCCUAUACUUACGUAUCAGUGCCGACACGUGACGAUCAUUGCGGUAGCGUCUUAGAUUAUGGAAACUAAAGGACAUGUUAUGUUGACAUAUAUAAAUCAGACGUUCUAUGUAUAUGAUGCAUUUCGACGUUGAAAACAUAAACAUGUUACUGUCUUUGUUUAACUAUUGCGUGCCGUCUUAAGCCAAAAGAGAUAGCAUUAGCAUUAUAUUGGUCUAUGUCAAACACGAGAAUCGAAAAUACGUAACGUCACCUUAAAUGCCAACCAUCAAUACGGUUGUCAAAGAUAAGUACAUCAAAUGUCAAAACAAAUGUUUUUCCAAGUGUUUUUUUGAAUUAUUUGCAUGUAUUGUAAUAAAAUGGACAAAAAUAUUGACAAUGAGAACAAUUAAGUAUUAAUAAAAAUUCG